UUUAAAUAUGGUUAACACUAAAAGUAAUUUGCUUACGAUCCUCUGCAUGCGCAUAAAAUAAAUUAUUUUUCCUAUUCCAAAGUAAAGUUACAAUUUAUUUUAAAGAUUUAAGAUAAAACUUUCAAAUGCAUCAUAGAAUGCAUUCAGAAACAGGAUCCGGUAAUCGGAGUUAAACCCGAUCCAAGUAAAAACACCCUAAAACCCUCUCUCACGCGCAGAGUGAGUCUGCCAUUAGAAUCAAAGCAAAGAAUCUUUGCUUAUACUAUAUACUCUAAAGCGUUAAAAUGGAGUGGCAAAAGCAAAACAUAGAAAGACAACCGAUGGACCGCCACUCACGGCAGCCGUCCGCCGCAUCUUAUAUUCCUGCUACCGAAGACACUGUAUGGGCUGACGUGUCCACCCUCCUAGAAGCCGCCUGUGGAGAACUUAGAGAUGGAGAGCUUAUUCAUGGAGAGAAUUUUAAUCUUUUUGCUGCUAUGUCUGCUUUAGAGAUAAUGGAUCCAAAGAUGGAUUCAGGUAUAAUCAAUAGAUACUGUUCUGUUGAUGAAGCAAUCGAAGAUGGUGCUGCUCCUAUUCCUAUUAGCUUUGACAAAACCACUGAUGUCCAAUGCACCAUUGAUAUCAUGGACCAUCUUCUAGCUUGUGAGGCAACAUGGCACAGGGGUCACUCUUUGGCACAAACUGUCUUUUCUUGCAUCUAUCUCUUGAAGCCCGAGAGGACAGCAUCACAUCCCUUAUUGGACUCUUACUGUAAAGUCAUUCGUGCAACAUGCAAAGCAGUUGUUUCAGUUGUAUCAGAAACGCGUACACAUGAAGAAGAGGAUCUUUUCACAAUGGCUUAUGGCCUUCCUCUUUGUGGCGAUGGAGAUGAAAAGUGCUUAUCCUUGUUGAAUGCUGUCGAAGAAAAUAUUUCUCGCCAACUGCGUGCUUGCAGAGCCCCAUCAUCAAAAAGAAAAAUAUUAGAGGAUGUAGAGCCGUUACAGACUAAUCUUGAUCUGGAGGAAGGCUACUGCAAAGCAUUGUUGUGCCGCAUACGUUUUCGUAAGCAUUUUUUCCACCUUCUCACUUGUAUGAGGAGACCACAAGGUAGGGGGAUGGAGUUGGCCAGAAAGCAUAUAACUGCAUGCAUCUCAGAGCUAGAAUCCAUCUAUAAAUCAGCAGAAUUCCUUUUUUCAAAUGCUCAUGGAGCUUGUAAAGAUGAUAUGGAAGGUAGAACUACUGCUUCUGGACAUCGACCAAUUGGGUUUGAUGCUACUUUAAACAGUAGAACUUCUGCCCCCACUCCACCACGAUCAAUUGAACUUCUUAGUUGGAAAAAGGCUAUUGAGUACUUUGAAAAACUUCUUCACGACCUGGAUUAUAUUUGUUCUUACUCAUUGGACCCAUCUUUGGAAGUUCUCUUGCGCUUUGUGGUUCAAUUUCAGAAAUCUCAACCGGAUUUGGUUGCAAGAGCACACCUCCAGCUUCUGCUGGUUCAAGAUGGGAGACUUUAUGGACGGGAUUCAAUCUUUGCUGUAAUUAUUAGAGCAGCAGUUUUGCCUGAAGUUGUGAAGAACAAUGAUAUUCAAAAGAAUGAAUGUAUUUUACAACUAGGACAGCUAGUGAUCAAUAUGCUUAAAAUUCUCUGUACAAAUGCUGCAUGGCAGAGGCGUAAACUUGGGAAAGUUUUGCAGGAUUGGCGCAUUCUUUACGUACAGCUAGAACUUGCUUUUACAAAGGAAUACAGAGAAGUCUCAAACACAUCAAAUGGCGAGAGUGUCUCGCUGACGAUAUUUAAACACAUACUCAUUUGGUUGGAGGAGCAAACUUACUGGAUUGCUCACCGGUUUCUCAUGCUCGGUUUUGAAUUAGAUCUCUAUUCACCUGGUGAAUAUUGCAUGGUGUACUGGUACUUGUAUGUUAUCUUAAUCAAGCUUGCUGAGAAAACACAUCUUAAGAUGUCAGCGACCAAUAGCACUGCUAAAAGAAAAGGAAAGAAAAGAAAGGAUUCUCCAAAGGAUUUGACAAGGGAAAGUCGGAUCCCUCCUGCAGUCUUGUUUCUUCAGUGCCAGAUAUGUCUUGCUGAAGGGCUAACACUGCUACUUGCUGCUCUGAGGAACGAGCUGAGGAUUUUACAGAGUCCAAGCCCAUUUAAUUCUGAGCAUGAGAGAUUCAUACAGCAUUUCGAGCUUCUACAAAAAGCUUGCAUCCCUGAUCACUUUUCGUAUCCGUCAUUCCAGGAAUCUACAUCCUAUGCUAGUUUCUCUACCAUAGCAACGUAUAAUUAUUUCAAAGAUGCUCAGAAGAUUGCCAAGGAGGUUAAAAGUAGCUUUUCCAAUGAUCCAGACAGAUUAGCUGAAGUUCGAAGAUUGGAACAGGUUGCAGAGCACAAUAGUAUUGCCCUUAAUGUCAUUUGCCAGGUUGGAGCCCUUGACCCAUCAUUGAAGGUCUCUUUUGAGUUCAUCCACCACCCUUGCUUCGCAACCGCUGUUGUUAAGAGAUCAUGAAGGGUUUCUUUCAAAGACAUCACCAGUUUUGGAACAACUCAGAGGUUGCCAUUUUUGUCAGUACAGCAACUGUAACAUUUGUAUUUGUAUCUUUUUUAGCUUUCUGUUUCUUCUUAAGUUUUAUCAAUUCUCUCAAUCAUUAUUAUUAUUUUUUUAUUAUGAAAGCCAUAAUCUGCCAUGAAUAGAAGAGCUUUCUUAGAAGAAAAAAGAAAAAGAAAAAAGCAGCACUGUUCGUUAUGCAUAUGGAAAGAAUUAUCUUCACA